UCAGAGAGUUCGCAACACAACGCGCUUCGAUGUCAGAGCCCGCGCUACCGUCCCAUCUAUAAGGAUUAUUGGGGUGUUAGUCAUAGGAAAUUCAGUAAUUGAGUGCGUGUGUGGAAACAUUCGGUGCUUGGGUGAUGUGCAAUUUGAAAUUGAAGUAAAACAUUUCUGAGAAAUUGGUAGAUUACAACAUUUUUUGGAUUAAAAUCUAGUCUAAAGGAUUAUUGGAUACUCCUAAGUGUUCGGGUUUCAUAUCCUUAGAGAAGCAGAAGCCAAAGCCCACAACACGCGUUCUCCGACCUGCUGUCCCACUCCAGAAUUUCAACUCUUGUGACACGUGCUGGACACGCGUCGCCAAUCAGCGGAUCGGAAGUGUUAGCUUUACCGUUAUGCACUUAGCGGGCAAUUAAGUCGUCAAACACAAGCGAAAGAUAUUCCUUGAUUGCCGGACAAUGUUUUCCAUGGACAAUUUUGACUUGGAGGCCACGAUGGCGCGUCACUUCUUCGAGGGAUCGCAGGCCACCAACGCCUCCACCUCCAGCUCCGAUUAUUUUUUCGGGGACGAGCACAGCUCGGAGAGCGAUGAUGAGGAUGAUGCCUAUAGCAGCGGCUUUAACAGCGACCAGGAGAACACCGAGAAGACCUUCUCCCCAUUCAGCCGGCGGAGCCACAAGCCACGGCGCCUGAAGUGCGCCUCCCAAAUGGCCCAGCAGCGGCAGGCGGCCAAUCUCCGGGAACGCCGGCGGAUGCAGAGCAUCAACGAGGCGUUCGAGGGCCUGCGCACCCAUAUUCCCACGCUGCCCUACGAAAAGCGACUGAGCAAGGUCGACACACUCAAGCUGGCCAUCAGCUAUAUAACCUUCCUCAGCGAGAUGGUCAAAAAGGAUAAGAAUGGCAACGAACCCGGCCUAAGCUUGCAGCGCAAUUACCAGAAGGAACCGCCCAAGAAAAUAAUCCUCAAGGAUCGCACUGGCGGCGUGGCGCACUCGUUGUCCUGGUACCGCAAGGGCGACCGAUACCCGGGCAGUAAGCUCUACGCCCGCACCUGGACACCGGAGGACCCUAGGGGCCCCCACUCACAGCCCCAGCCCCUGUACAACAACAGCAGCUCGAACCAGAAUCAAAACAGCAACCAGAGCAGCGACGAUUUCAGCGGAAGUGCCGAUAUGUCCGAUCCGGGAGCAACGGCCAGUAUCUUUAGCAGCGGCAGCGGAAUAUGAGGAUGGCCGGUUCCCA